AUGGAAAGUACGGGAAAGUGCAGUCGAAUUGAAAGAGAAUCAGAGGGAGAGAUUGAAAAUGUUGAUGAAUCCAAGCGCUCCAACACUCUGGCUUUGAUCAUCAAUCUGCUUUUCCAGCAUACACCAUCGGCAACGGACGAGUUUUGUACUACUUCACUAUCACAGCAAGAUCUGCCUAAAGAAGGGAAGACUGCAGCAUUUGGGGUGAAUGCGAUGAAGAGGAAAAGGAAGGGUAAAGACAUGGAGAAGGGGGUGUCAGAGAUGAUUGGGGAAACAGCGAAUGUUUCGCUUCCCAUGGUGGAAUUGGACGGCUCGUUUAGUCGUGGAAAAUAUUUGAUUUAUUCUGGUGGUGGUGAUAGGUGCAAAAGCAUGCAUCAGUUCUUGUACAGUUUCAAUUAUAUGUUGGGUGAAGCUCAGUACUUAAACCGGACUUUGAUUUUGGAUUCGACUAUAUGUCUGCCUUCAAUCUACACAUCGUCCGGUCAAGAUGAGGAUGACUGGAACAAAAGGCUGACUCUUCAUCUUGUGGAAGAUUAUAGAAUUACGCCAAUGGAACUAGCUGGAGUGGAAGAUCCUUUGAUUAUGAGUAAGUUUGGGACUGUGGAGCCUGAUAAUUACUGGUACAGAGUGUAUGAAGGUGAGACAGACUAG